CAGUGACUGCGAAACCGUCAUCACAAACCACCAUUCACAGACAACGCUUCGGGGCCAACAAAAUUGUCGUCAGCGGGGCUUCGUACAUGUAUCGCUUUCGCUCACCUCACAUGACACUCAUUUUGUGGUCGCUCAACUGAGCAACAACUUUUGUGCACUCACCAGGCUCUACAGAGCGCAAUUACAGCCCGCUCAGCUGACUUCUGCCGACUCGCUGCCUGUCAAGAGCAAAAAAAAUGACGGACAGGCACGCGCCUAAUGGACGGCCAUUAUCACCACUGAAUGAAGUCGCUGCUGAACAGAGCAGCCUCAACACUGCGUCAUCCCCACCUUCAACCCCGGGAAGACUUGCGCGCCGUCGCCGCGUAUUUAGCAGAUUUUCUCGAUCCAGCGACGAUAUCCGAGCAGGGAGUAGUCGAAGCCCGCCAGCCUUCAACCCAGAGGCAAUCGAGUUUGUGCCAUCCAGCAGAAUGUCUUCUAAGAGAAAGGCAUCAUCCUUGGCGAGGCCGAGCAAGAAUGCUGCAUCGAGUGCUCGCACAGCUGGACUGGAUCGUGGAUCGCCAGACAAUCCCAUCAUACGUGCUCAGGACGUUUUCGGCUCUGGCCCUCUGACGCGUUCAAGCAAUGUUGGUGAUACACUCGAAGCCGGAUUGUCAGCGCUUCUAGACGACGAAGAUGACACUGAGCUAUUCGACAUGGACAUAUCUGAUACAGCAGCAGGAUCUGCCAUUCCAAUCAACAAUGCAGGUCCUGCACCACGAACGCGAUUCACCGACGCCAUGAUGGUCGUGCGCGCUCAGCUGACUGAGACAUCGACAUCUGCUGCAGAGCUCUUACAGUGCUACUCUGCAAUCCUCUUCAGCACAGAGGCCAGUGGACUGACUGGUGGCAUGCCUGAUGGUGUGACUAAGCUACGUUACCUUCCUCUGUGCCCUAGGUCCAGUGUCAACAGACCAGAAGCUAUCACCAAAGACACAGAAUUGAUCGUUCUGCCCAGCCAUGGUGAGCGAAUCAACAAUUUGACCAAGACCAUUUCUCGCUGCCAGGCAGACUGGCCAAGGGAGGUACUUCCCGUGGAGAUUUUCAACCUGAUCACAUCGUCCUUGUCGCGCGAUGACCUGAAAUCGAUGCGCCUGGUCAACAGGGAGUUCGAAGAAAAGGUUUCCGCAAAUCUGUUCGCCUCCGCAGUGGUGCCAUUUAACACAGAACUCUACGAUAUGAUCGAGGAGGAUAGUAAAGCCGCUCACAGAAUGCCGAGAGCGACCCCUGUGGCGGAGGCAAAAGGUAAGGCCAAGGCAAUGGACUCCAAUGAGCAACCUAGUGACAGGUCUCUACGAGGUCUGCAUUGGCAGAAUGCCAAACACGACGCCGAGGGCAAAGUAUACAAAGGCCAUGGGCUUCGUGUUUUCCGAGGCUUUGGCCCGUACUUUCGACGUUUUGGAAUGAGCUUCGAAGUCGCUGAGGACCAACUGGCACGGCCACCGAUGAAGAAAGAGCUCGACCACGUAACGGCUUACUAUGGCUCAUACGAAUGGCCUCACCAGCAAUACACGCGGUUUGCUGGUCUCGCAGGUCUCGAACGUACGGCAGAUGAGACGCUGAGAAUGAAAGCGGCUUUUUCCAAUUUGGGCAAAGUGCAGGACUUGGGCCUGUCAAUUGAUUCUGGUCUAGGCUGGCUCAAUGGCCCAGACAGAUCUAUACAUGCUCGCGUGUUUCAGCGUCCGUCGCCCGUCUUUGGACCGUCCCGAUUGACGCCAGAUCAGCAGGCGCAAGACGCACAGACCUUCUGGCAGGCACUUCAGGACUGUCAUGCAAGUAUCGGCUUUCGGGGAAAUCAGAAAGAGGUAUCACUUGAUCGUCGCAUACUCAGCGUGGCACCUCCUGAGAUCGCAGGAAUUCAGGACUCUAAAUUUGCGAACACCCAAGCCUGGUCUUCGAUUGCGGCAGGUAAAGCAGUACCAGCAAUCUCAUCUGGAACUGCGUCCUCAGAGAGCCGUUAUGGACUCCUUUACACUUCUAUCAGUCAAGCAGACUUAACGACUUCUGCUGCCUACGACAAGUCGGCCCUGGUACCUGCUGAGCUCCGAAAAGAGCAGAAGGAAUGGCUUAUGGAGACUGAUUGGGCACAGCGCGCCUUCUUGGAGUGCUAUAUGCUUGCGGUCAUGGACAAUCCAGCAAAUUUUGGGAAGGUCAAGGUACUGACUAUUGCUAAAGUCUCCAGUGGACUGCUGCCGAUUCUGUCACGAGAAGCGUUCUGGGAAGCACUUCCGAGUGUGACGGAUGUCACCAUUCACGUCAAGCCGGACUGGAGGACUGUUGAGCGAGACAACGCAGGAUACGCUGAGGUUUGCCAGCGCCACCCGUCUGAGGCCGUCACCACUUUUUACCGGUGCAUACUUCGCGACCGUCUCUGCUUGAAGUCUACCAUCAAGAAGCUCAAUAUCGGCUGGACAGCUGGUGGGGAGCAUGCUGAAGGAGUCUUUGCCCGUAACAAUCAUGUUCUUCCGGCUCCUAUAACACAGCUCGACCACAGCACGGCUGUGAACAAUCAGCUGGGCUUGAUCUUCAAUUUCGUCGAGCAUCUUACAUUGCACAACUGCUGGAUUACCCCGGUCACCCUCGAGGGGCUGAUCAAGAGUCACGCAGACAAAUCACUGAAGACUUUGACUCUGGAUUCUGUAUCUCUGACUGCACAUCCUCGUUUCGCAGCCGGUGGUCAGGCUGCCAUGCAGAAUCAAGUUCUCCAGGCUUUGGCAGCGUUGCCCGCGGCAGCAGGGCAGGCGCAACAAGCGAUGAUGCCGCAAUGGCUACAGAACAUACCGGGACUUCCCGCUGGCUGGCAGCAGUUGCUCCAGAACAAUGUUCAGCAGGCCGCGCAACUCGCCUGGGCAGCAAAUCCUGCUGCUCAGCCUGCGCCGCAAUUGUUCAAUCAACAACAAGCUCAGCAAAACAAUGCUCACGCUCAGGCAAUUCAGCAGGUCAACGCUGCUGUCGCAGCGUUCAAUGCUGCUGCUGCCCCUGCUGUCCAGCCUGUCCCACCGCCUGCCUUGGGCCCAUUCAACGUACCCCCAGCGCUUCCAGCAAAUGCCGCCGCAGCACAGCAGAAUUUCGCCGCACAGCACAAUCAGGCUGACCCUUCCCACUGGACACAAGGUCAUCGCGAAGGCUCCUGGGCAGAGAUGCUAGACAAGCUGUCUCCCGGACCGAUCUUCAGCGACUUCCUGCCUCAGCCUCAGUCAUGGGAGGAGCCAUUGCCAGCUCGAGCGCUGACCAACCUGCAGACCAUCGAACUAAAAUCGUGCGGCUACGUGAAGCUAAUCAACAACACCACGAUCGAUCAACUCGCAAUUGAGGCUGGGUCUGAUCACCACUUGUCGCCUUGGUUCCGUGGUCGUCAGGCGGCACUACUACCAGCCAUGAUGACGACCAAUGACAGAUACAUCGGCCGUAUUGUGCAGCAUAUGCCAGAGCAUGAGCUGAACGCAUUACAGUAUGCUUGGGGAUUGAGCCAAGGCUGGGUUGACCGCGCGAAGGCGGAGGAGGUUGAGUAUGAUGGACUACUCCCGGGAGGCACUGGCAGAUUCUCGGGCAAGAUCGAAAAGGGCUCAAACGCAACCAAUUGAUGACCAUGGGACGCUGAUGAGACUGUCGAUAAGGUGAUUUGCAAAUGGGCAUGCCAGCGCGGAUGAAUUGUGCUCCCUGAAGAUGGAUGAGGAUUGUAGUAUCUUGUGAGCUUCUCACGCCAUACAGUGGCUGGCAUGCAUACCACAGGUACAAA